AUGGCCGCGGGCGGAAGCAUCUCAAGCCUCCUCGAGACAUGGCGGCGUGCGGACGAGGGCUUUUCAGCGCCGCGCAGCCCGCCCGCAGCGUCCGCGGGCGCGUCGAGCGGCCGUCGGCGAACGCUCUUCGCAGAGUCGCGGCAGGCGGAAGCAGAGCCUCUCGCUGCAGGCGACACCGCUCUCCACUCACUGCGCCUGCAGAUCGGCCGCCUGCUGUCGGACGCGAAGCAGCGCGAGGUUGAGAUGGAGACGCUGCGGACGAGGCUCAGCUCCGAGGCAGAACGAGACGCGAGCCAGGAGGUCGACCGCCUGCAUCACGAGGCGGCCGGCGUCCGCCGCGCCCUGCAGCGCCGGACCCGUGCGAGGGCCUACUGCCGAGCAGAGGACGUGUCGCACGAGGAGGAGGAGGCCAGCACGGCGGUGACCAACGCGCCGCGGCUCUCGCCGGCGGAGCUCGCUGUGGCGCUCGCCGCCGCGAACGAGUUCGACCCCCCCUCCCGGCCGCCGCCCAAGAAGAUGCUGCCCAAGCUGCAGCCCGUCGCGGCUGCUAGCCGCAAGAGGCUGCAGCCCGGGCUGGCGGAGGAAGAGGAGGAAGAGGCCGCCGCGACGCUGCAGAGCGAGACCGAGGCCGCAGAGCGGCGCGCCGCGGCGCGCUGGCAGCCGCUUGUAGCCAUGCACCCGCAACUGACCCUCGACAACAAUCAGAUGUGCGUGGACCAGAUCCUCGCCUUCCAGCGGUGCCACGAGGAGGUUGGCCUCUGGGGCAAGCUGACUGCCCGCUGCAACACCGAGAAGAGCCUGCUGGACAGGCGCGCGCGACCCUGCCGUUAG